CCCUACCUUAUCCAACGGCAAUUAAAACCAGGCCGAAAUUAUAGAGAAUCUAUAUCUGAACAAGUGACAAUUUCCCAUUUCCCUCUGUUCAUUUAACCCCUUUUGUUACUCUUCUUUCUCUUCCUUCCAAAGGCAAGAAUUUCGACUACACUCUACCCAUACAAAAAAAUUAUUCCCUGCAAAUUCUGCAUAGCUUUACCCUUCCACAAUUUCUGUUCUUCCGUUUAAAAUUUUAAAAAACUUUGUUGACCCAAUAUUCAUAAAAGUGUUUUUAAUAUUUAUCCUUUGUUUUUAAUAUUUAUCCUUUCUUAUCUAAGCUUAAAAUCAUGAAGGUUCAUCCAGUACCAAGAAAACGCAACAUCACGUUAAGGUACGACAUCGCUUCCAGUCUCUCUCAGGCCAACACCUUUGCAGGCCGUCAAAAGAAGCUGCGGAGACUACCUCAUAUAUUCGCAAAAGUUCUAGAACUUCCGUUUAAUUCUGAUGCCGAUGUUUCUAUUGAAGAAACCUCGGAUUCAUUGCGUUUCGUUAUCCCAACCGAUGACGCUGGGAAUAAUAUUAGGGCUCAUACAGUUGAGAUCUAUCCGGGUGUUACUAAGAUUGUAAUAUUAGGGGAUAACGUUUUUGAUUCGUCGUUGGGUGAAUUUGAGCUUGAUUUAUGGCGGUUUCGGCUUCCACCGUCGACUCUGCCGGAGUUGGCUACCGCUGAUUUUGCUGACGGCGAGCUGGUGGUCACGGUUCCCAAAGAGGAGGACGAUGAUGGUGAUGCUGAUAUUGGUGAGGCUGGACGCCUUAUUCUUGUACAAUAAGCUCAACCACCCAUCUCUUCCUCCCCAAAACCCCUAGGUCACUAGCUUCAGUUCGUGUUUUUGUCUUUUUCCCUUUUCAGUUUAUGUCCCAAUUUGUGGCUUGUCUUGAUAAAGGGAUAUAUCUUAACUAUCCAUAUUUAAAUAAAAUAGUGCACCCUUGGGUAUGAA